AUGCUUCUUCUUUUCAUCCUUGUUCUAACCUGGAUGUCGCCAUUACCUGAGGGCAAUUUUGUAGGUGCUACAGCUAUAGCAAAGCCAGGUUGCCUAACAAAAUGUGGGGAAGUGACAGUUCCAUACCCUUUUGGCAUCAACUACGUAGUAAUGCCGGGACGCAACAUAACGCAAAACUGUGCCUUAGAAGAUACAUUUGAGCUGACCUGCAACUUGACUUCAAAAGCUCCAGAGCUUUUUAUUGGGAGGGGGAACCUCAAGGUCUACAAUAUUUCAGACACAGAGAUGAGAAUUUCCGUUUCAAUUGCCUUCAGAUGCUACGACAGUUAUGGGAAUAUAAGUGAGAAUAGAACUUCCUGGACUGACAUUCCAGAGAGGUUCCCCCUCACAUUUUCCCAGAAGAACAAGUUCACUCUCAUCGGAUGCGAUGAUUAUGCAUGGAUAAGAGGGCCACCAGGAUCCGACUAUGCUAGCGGCUGCAUGGGGAUAUGUAACAACCCAAGUCGUGUGCCUGAUAAUGGGACAUGCUCAGGAAGUGGGUGUUGUCAGACAUCAAUACCACAGGGUCUCCAAUAUUUCAAUAUUACACUUGGCUCUUUCAAUAACCAUGGCAGUGUGGUGUCCUCAAAUCGUUGCGGUUUUGCAUUUCUUGGUGAGGAAGAGAGCUUUAAGUUUGGUGGUGCUCGUGAUAUGUCUAAUGCUACAGAAUUUUAUAUAAAGACAAGGUCCAAUGUCCGCAGGGUUCUGGAUUGGGAAAUUAGAGACAACCCGAAUAUCUUAGAGCCUACGGUAUGCAAGGGAAAUAGCUUCCGUAAGAAUGUCAGUAAUAGUGGGUAUCACUGCCGCUGCGAGGAAGGUUACCAGGGCAAUCCUUAUCUUGAACCCGGCUGCGAAGACAUCGACGAGUGCAAGGAUAAUAGUACAUACCCUUGUUAUGGGAAUUGCAAUAAUACUCCAGGGGAUUACACCUGUACUUGUUUAGUUGGAUACGAGGGUGAUGGGAAAACUAAAAAUGGGUGUCAACGUAAAGCUUCAAAGUUUCCAGUGAUUGCAUUAUCUUUAGCUCUGGUCUUUGGUUUACUUGCCAUAUUUUCUGGGAUAAGUGGGAUUUUCCUUGGCGUAAGGAAGAGGAAACUCAUAAAGCUACGAGAAAAGUUUUUUGAGCAAAAUGGGGGUGAGUUUAUGAAACAAAAGCUCAAGGCAACAGGGGCUAAUGACGCUGUGACUAUGUUUAGCACAGAUCAGCUUCGAAAAGCAACUGAUAACUAUUCUGAGGAGCGAAUUGUUGGCCGAGGUGGUUAUGGUGUAGUGUAUAAAGGAUUCUUACCAGAUAAUCGUGUUGUCGCAAUAAAGAAGUCUAAAAUAGUGGAUGGGAGUCAGUCUGAGCAAUUCAUCAAUGAAAUCUGGAUCCUUUCACAAGUUAUCCAUCGAAAUGUGGUUAAGUUGUUAGGUUGCUGUUUGGAAGAGGAGGUACCAAUACUAGUUUAUGAGUUCAUAUCCAAUAACACGCUUUUCUAUCACAUUCAUCAUAAACCUGGUGGAAUGAGUUGGUUAUCAUGGGAGAAUCGAUUGAGAGUUGCUGCUGAAGCUGCAUCUGCACUUGCAUAUCUUCAUUCACAAGCUACUAUGCCUAUUAUACACAGAGAUGUCAAGUCCGCCAACAUAUUAUUAGAUGAAAACUUCACCACAAAAAUAUCAGAUUUUGGUGCUUCAAGAUUGGUCCCUUUAGAUCAUGAUCAAGUCACGACUCUUGUUCAGGGCACACUUGGUUACUUGGAUCCUGAAUACUUCCACACAAGCCAAUUAACCGACAAGAGUGACGUUUAUAGCUUUGGCAUGGUCCUAGCAGAACUCAUAACUGGGAGAUUGCCAAUUUGUGCAGCUAGAACCAAUGAAGAAAAAAAUUUAGCGACCUACUUUGUCAAGUCAAUGAAAGAGAACCGCCUUUUUCAAAUUGUUGAACCACGAUUAUUACAAGAAGGGACUCUUGAGCAGCUACAAACAGUAGCUGAGCUAGUCAAGAGAUGCCUUAACUUACUAGGAGAUGAAAGACCUACUAUGAAAGAGGUGGCAAUGGAGCUAGAGGGCUUGAGGAAGUUCACAACUCAUCCUUGGAAUCAACAACAUGAACAAGCGCCUGAAGAAUCUAGAAGCUUAAUCCUUGAAGUUGAACAAUCUGAUCUUUAUGGUGUCCCAUUAAUCCCAUAUAGUAGUAACGAAUGGGAAUCGUACUCAGGAAUAACAGAAAUGGCAUUUCAAGAAAACAAACCGCGCUAAGUUUGGGGGUGUUGGUUGUAGUCCCUGUUGUUUGAUGAUCUUGCAUCAUGCUUUCUCCCAAAACUGUCAUUACCAUUUCAAUUGUUGUCUUCAUUCUGCUAUGUCAAAUCUAUGCUUUAUUUGUUUUAGUUCUUUUGCAUGGUGUGUCUUCCAGAGUUGUUGAGUUGUUUACCGCUAGUCUGGUAGUUUCAAUGAGUUUGUCUGGUUGUCCUAUUGAACUUCUGUGUAUCAGGAAAAUUAACUACUCGUUCUUGAUUUCUUGUAAUUGCUUUUAAAUAAUUGGACAUGACUCCCGGUGAUUUUAGAAUUUUUAAUUUCAAGAUGACGUUUUAG